CUUGCACUAGCCUGGGGUAACAUUAUGGUUCUGGGCCAAGCUGUCAACAUGAGUUUGAUGGACAUUUCCAAGAUCUUCUCCCUGCUGCAGCCUAAGGAGGAGGAUGAGGACAAUGAACAGUGCCAGGCUUUGAACAAUGCCGUGAGCAGCGACGACGUGACUCUGCUCUCUGAGCUGCUGUCUCAGGAGAGUUACAGGAGGUCUAUCAAUGCUCGGAGCGGGUGGGGGGUCCCGGUAACCCCCCUGCGCACUGCUGCAGCUCUGGGACACCUGAGGUGCUUGGAGUUGCUGUUGGAGCAUGGUGCAGAGAUUGACAGCUUGGAUGUGAAGGCCCAGACUCCUUUGUUCACAGCUGUCAGUGGGAAACAUUUAGACUGUGUGGUCGCCCUGCUGAAGGCCGGAGCCGAUCCCAAUGGCAGCCAGUACAACAACUGCUCCCCGGUGCUGACAGCGACCCGUGAGGGAGACCUGGACAUCCUCCGAGAGCUGCUGCGCUUUGGAGCCGAGCUGGACGUCAGACCUAAAGUCCCCGAGUGGGCCUCUAAUGCCACAGCCUGCAGAGGGCCUCUUUAUAUCUCCGCUGUGUAUGGACACCUGGGCUGUUUUAAGCUGCUCCUGCUCCAUGGGGCCAACCCCAACUACAACUGCACAGACGAGAAGAUGCUGGCCAGGAUUAAGCAGCCAAAGACAGUUCUGGAAGUGUGUCUGCGGUAUGGGUGCGGCGUGGAGUACAUCCAGCUUCUCAUAGACUUUGGGGCAGAUGUGUAUCUGCCCACACUGAUCAUUGACAAGACUACGAAGCAGAAUGAAGCUUUGGCACUGCUGCUCAAAGAGAGAGUUUGUCCCAAAACACUGAUGUCGCAGACUCGGCAAGCAAUACGAAGACACCUCCCCUUUGCCAAAAAGGAGCCCGCCAUUGACAGUCUGGAUAUUCCUGUUAUCCUGAGGAACUACCUGAAGCAUGACACCUCUGAACUCAUAUGA